CAGCCUGCUUUCUCGGUGCCCAGCAGCGACUCCAGCGCGCACUGCGCGGUCUUCCGCGCCGGAGCCCCCGGACGCCGCUGCUCCUCUCCCAGCGACCCCCGGACGCGCCGCGGCUGGGCUGCGCCGGGCGGUGGAGCCGCUGGGAGCUUCAGGGCUUCUGCGGCCGCUCAUUGCUCUCUCCGGCCGGAGGACUGGCGGGGAAGGAAGGGGAACGCGGGGACACACAGACUCGCCGCGGCGCGCGCGCAUUGCACAUUUGCAGCCGCGCGCCCCCGCCGAGGCGCGUCCGGGGCGAGUUUGGCCCCGCGGCUCCCGCCCCUGCACCUGCCCGCUCUGGGCGCUGCGCCCUAGUCCCAACCCCGCCCCGCCAACCCUCCCGCCCCUUGCCUGCACAGCUCUCCCUUCGCCGGGGGGAAGCGACAACAUCCCGGUAACUUGCAGACUGUGGCGCAACUGGUCUCGACAGCGGAGGCGCCCUAAUGCUGCCCGGGUGAGGAACCUGGGAAGAAAUACAGUCUCAGCAAUGAGUAGGCCGCCCAUCCCGACCGACUACAGAUGACUUGGCAUUGCAUUUACAAAGAUGUCGUCCGCUGCUGAAAAUGGGGAUGCAGCACCUGGAAAACAAAAUGAAGAGAAAACCUAUAAAAAGACUGCAUCAUCGGCUAUCAAAGGUGCUAUUCAGCUGGGAAUAGGAUACACGGUGGGUAAUCUCACUUCGAAGCCAGACCGAGAUGUUCUCAUGCAAGACUUUUAUGUGGUGGAAAGCGUGUUCCUACCCAGUGAAGGAAGCAACCUGACCCCAGCACAUCACUACCCAGACUUCAGGUUUAAGACCUAUGCUCCACUAGCGUUCCGGUAUUUCAGAGAACUUUUUGGUAUCAAGCCUGAUGAUUACUUGUAUUCCAUCUGCAGUGAACCUCUAAUAGAGCUGUCCAACCCUGGAGCCAGUGGGUCCUUGUUUUUUGUGACCAGCGAUGAUGAAUUCAUCAUAAAAACAGUUCAGCAUAAAGAAGCAGAGUUCCUUCAGAAGCUGCUGCCCGGCUACUACAUGAAUUUAAACCAGAAUCCAAGGACUCUUUUGCCAAAAUUUUAUGGACUAUAUUGCAUGCAGUCAGGGGGAAUUAACAUCAGGAUUGUGGUCAUGAACAACGUCCUACCGCGCUUUAUGAGAAUGCACUUCACAUAUGACUUGAAAGGUUCCACCUAUAAGCGAAGAGCAUCCCGAAAAGAGAGGGAGAAAUCAAACCCCACGUUUAAGGACUUAGAUUUCCUGCAAGACAUGCAUGAAGGAUUAUAUUUUGAUAUAGAAACAUACAACGCGCUCAUGAAAACACUUCAGAGAGACUGCCGGGUUCUGGAAAGCUUCAAGAUCAUGGAUUAUAGCCUUUUGCUGGGAAUCCACAUCCUGGACCAUUCCCUCAAAGAGAAGGAAGAGGAGAUCUCACAAAAUGUGCCUGAUGCAAAGCGACCUGGAAUGCAGAAGGUCCUCUACUCAACAGCAAUGGAAUCCAUUCAGGGUCCAGGGAAAUCUGGCGAUGGGAUCAUCACAGAGAACCCAGACACGAUGGGAGGCAUUCCAGCUAAAAGCCAUAAGGGAGAAAAGCUACUUUUAUUUAUGGGCAUUAUUGACAUCCUACAAUCAUAUAGGUUAAUGAAGAAGUUAGAGCAUUCCUGGAAAGCUCUUGUUUAUGAUGGGGACACUGUUUCAGUUCAUAGACCAAGUUUUUAUGCAGACAGAUUUUUAAAGUUUAUGAAUUCCAGAGUUUUCAAGAAAAUUCAAGCUCUGAAGGCCUCACCUUCUAAGAAGCGGUGCAGCUCUAUUACCGCCCUGAAAGCAACCUCACAGGAGAUUGUGUCCUCAAUCAGCCAGGAAUGGAAGGACGAAAAGCGUGAUUUACUGACCGAAGGGCAAAGCUUUAGUAGCCUUGAUGAAGAAGCCCUGGGAUCCCGACACAGACCGGACCUGGUGCCUAGCACACCAUCACUGUUUGAAGCUGCUUCCCUGGCGACCACCAUUUCUUCAUCUUCUUUAUAUGUCAACGAACAUUAUCCACAUGACAGAGCUACGCUUUAUUCAAACAGUAAAGGGUUACCUUCCAGUUCAACAUUUACCUUGGAAGAGGGGACCAUCUACUUAACUUCUGAGCCAGACGCUCUGGAAAUGCAGGAUGACAAUGCCUCCGUGCUUGAUGUCUACUUAUAAGUCAAAUGGUGACCACUUGUAACAGAUGGAUGAGACAGAAAUACAGUGGUGGGAGAGAAGCUUCUCCACUUCAGAAAUACAAAAGGAACUUGGCUGAGCCCCUCUGCACACAAAGGAACCAUCAACUGGACUUAGGAGUUUGCGAGAUGUCAGGGGAAGCACAGCCCAUAAGCUGGUCAGCAGAUGUGAUGUGAAAAAUACCACACUGUUGUCAUUUGCUGUUGCUUGCUCAACUGUGAAGAACUGCAUGAACUAUGUAUUUCAGCUGCUUUCUAUACCAUUGCCAAUCACCUUUUUGAACUUGGAAGUGCUAUUUUCCUAUUGACAUUUGCAUUAUUUCAUUUUGCAUGCAUCCAGUGAUUAUACAUGAAAAACAUAGGUAAUCUUAUAUAUUUUUAAAAAUCCAUGCAAAAUGGAAUAAAAUAUAAAUUCUGCUUUUUUUUUUUUUGCAAAAUUAUAAUCACAGCCCAUGUCAUUUAAAGUUCUAAUUGGUUUCCUAUAAAGAUCAGUGUAAGAUGUCUGCAUACUAUACUUUAUAGAAAACUAGCUCCUAUAAAGAUUUUUUCACUGUUUACUAGUGAAAUGAGAAAAGCAAAGCUAUUUAUAAAAGGCCUUAUGUUGUGUACAUACAUUGUCUUUGAAAUAUCUGUGAUUUAGUUUAUUGCUUGUAAAAGAGAAAUUAUAUAAUUUAUUUAGUAAAUACUAUUGUAAACUAUAGUUUUAUUGAGAGAAAUAAAAUAUUUUGUUCUCA